AUGAAUGAAGAAUAUUCUUUUUCAAAUACUUACUCCCUUUUAUAUAUUUCUUCAUUUAUACGUCAUUUUUUUCUUUCUUUAUCAUUCUUUCAUUCAGAUUCAUUCUUUUUCUUUCUUUUUUCUUUCUUUCUUUUUUCUUUCUUUCUUUCUUUUUCUUUAUUUCUUCCAGAUUAUUCAUUUAUUUUACACAAAUUCUUCGUUUCACUCACAUUAUUUCAUUAUUUCUUCUCUCCUUACCCAGAUAUUUAUUUAUUUCAUUCUUUUACCAUACACUUUUUCAUGUUUUUAUUUCAUUCUUUUACAAUGCACAUUUUCAUUCUUUUUCCUUCUUUUAUCAGACAUUUUAUCUUUCUUUCAUUAUUUUACCAGACACUUUUUCAUUCUGUCUUUCAUUCUUUUACCAGAAAUGUUUCCUUCUUUCUUUCCUUCAUUUAUCAGACACUUCUUCAUUCUUUCUUUCACGAGACUCAUCUUGAUUUUUUUCAUUCAUUUACCAGUCAAUUUUUCAUUAUUUCUUUCAUUUUUACAGUUUUUCAUUCUUUCUUUCAUUUCUUUAUCAGACUCUUUUCACUUUUUCUUCAAUUUUUUUUUUACCAGACUGUUUUUCAUUCUUUUACCAAACACUUUUUUCUUUCAUUCUUUUACCAGACACUUUUUCAUUAUUUGUUUUGUUCUUUUGUCAGACACUUUUUCAUUAUUUCUUUCAUUUUUUACCAGGCUUUUUUUCAUUCUUUUUUUGUUUUAACCAGAUUCUUUCUUUCUUACUUUCUUUCUUUAACCCAAAUUCUUUCUUUCUUUCUUUUUUGUUUACGCCCAGCAUUUGAUUUAACAAGUGCAUCUCUCCCUACCCCACCGUCCAUGUCGCUCUAUAUUUACAUAAAUGAAACAAAGGAAAAAUUUCCUUCUUCCUUUCUCCUUCGAUUUCGACCUAUUUGUCUCUCGUAUUCUUGCUCUUACCUCCUUGUCUCUCAAAUUGCUUUUUGCCAACCAAUGCUCACCCGGCAUUGA